CCACCCUCUUCCUCAAGCCGUGACACAAUCAUAAACUGCAAUUUCUCUCCUCCCUCUAGCUUAGCUAAGCGAGCUAACUUCCUCCCUCCCCAUCACUCCACCAUUCUUAAAUCUUCCUGAUCUAAGCAUGACGGCGAAGGUACACCCGAACGUCGCCGUGCCGCCGUCCCUCGGCCAGCCGCCGGCGGUGGCGCCGGCGCCGGCGCCGGUGACUCUGACGGUGUGGCGCAAGUCGCUGCUGUUCAACGGCAGGGGUUUCACGGUGUUCGACGCCCGCGGCGACCUGGUGUACCGCGUGGACAGCUACGCGUCCGACUCCCGCGCGGAGGUGGUGCUCAUGGACGCCGCGGGCUGCCCCGUGCUCACCCUCCGCCGCAGGAAGCUGAUCGGCCUCGGGCUCGGGUCCGACCAGUGGCUGGUGUACCCGGGCGAGGAGACCCGGCGCCUGCCGCCGCUCUACGCCGUGAAGCGGGCGGCGCCGCAGUACAUGCGCGGCGGCUUCGGCGGCGGCGCCAAGUCCAUGGCGCACGUCGCGGCGUGCUCUGGCGGCGGAGCCGCCGCCAAAACCACCGGCGCCGGCGGGUACGAGGUGGAGGGCUCGUACCUGCGGCGGCGCUGCACGGUGUACGACGAGCGGCGGCGGGCCGUGGCGGAGGUGCGCCCCAAGGAGGCGGUGGUGGGCUCGGACGUGUUCCGGCUGGUGGUGCAGCCCGGGAUGGAGGUGUCGCUGGCCAUGGCCGUCGUCCUCGCGCUCGACCAGAUGUUCGGCAAGCCGUCCCUGCUCAGGAGCUGGUCCUCCUAGUGCAGUGCUCUCUCUAUAUCGCCGCCGUGCCAUUCAUCCAUUAUUGGCAUGGGUGCUUUUUUUUCACCUUAUUUUGCCCCCAAAUUGUUUGGGCACGGGAGCACAGCAGUUGCUAGCUCAUGGCUGCCAUUUUUUUUUUUCGUUCCUCUUUGAUAUCAAAGCCGAUUAACUGGGGGUCAUAGAAUGUGAACGUGGAUUGAAGCUCCUCUUGGCGUGUGUGGUUUUGAUAUUUUUUUUACCCGGCACCCGGCAGUAAAACCAUGCACCUUGUAAAGAGGGAGCAAAGUGUAAAUACUUCAAAAAAAACAAAAAAAAAAGGUUAGAGUAGGACAAUUCCCUGUCUCUCUCUGUUUUUUCCUCUUUUUUCCCCACUAUACAUUUUUCUCAUGCGCA